UCACCGAAUCCUGAGAUAUGAACUCCUCGAGUAGAGAGUGCGAAGCUGGUGGAAGUGGCCAUAUAGUGAUCGUGGCCGCUGGAGUAGCGAUCUCACAGUCAGUUGUUAGUGCACGAUCGUGGCAGACGGAAGGGCGAAUUUUGAGAGAGAGAGAGAUUAAUAGUGUUUGGACAUUGUUUGUGUUGGCGCAUCUUUUUCUGUACUGGCCAGACAGUGAAUCAUAGUUAAGGAAUUUCUCUGUGCCGACACCGCUUGCCGCCAUGACGACCACUCUCCAGCAACCUGCGCCUAAUCCGCAGCUUAAGAGAAUUGUGUACUCCAAGUACCGUGAAAUGUUGGGCUCGUACAAUGAUAAAGCCAAUACAAUCAUUCAGGCUCUUCCUCAGUAUCUUGUGCAUGAAGACAAGGGAUUCAAUAUCACGAAUCUCGUGGAAAAUCCCCGAGAUGGUUAUGGUGCUCCUCCUCCGCCACCGCCGCUCGCCAUGGGUGGAAUUCCGGCAACGCGGCUCCACACACAGCUACCGCCAGAGCCCCCGGCGUGUGUGCAGAACGCUAUGAUGACGAAGGACAAGAAACCCUUCACAUACACUCCGGGCGGCAUUGACUUGAGCCAGAUUAAAUCACCACGUAUGGCAAAGCGAAUAUCGCGAAAUGCUAACUCGGAGGGUGUCACUGGAGUGCCGAAAAUGUCUCCACUGGCCCAGCAGCCAAAUACGCCGGGAGUCCAGCCACCAACUCCACCGUGUUUGCCCUCUGGAAUGCCAGUGCAGGUUUUCCCGUGUGGGCCUCCGCAACCCCCACCGCCGCCACCACCGCAGGCGAAGCUGAAUGCGUCCCAAAAUGGCAUCAAUGGUAACAAAAGCCCCGAGCGAAAAUCCCCGCAGUCCUUUGAACCACCCCCAUUCGGCUGUCGACCGGAAAUCAAAAUUCCACCCAACCCCAUGGCUAAUCUGCGACCCACUCCGAAGCCACAACCAAAAGACGACUUUUGGGUCGAGGAGUAUCGCAAGGAAAGAUCAAAAAGUCCCAUGGCACCGCAACAAUCCGCAACUGAAUCAACAAACAAUGAGCCUGCAGAGAAGAGGGAAGAAGUUCCAAUUUCAAAAGCGGAAGUCCAGAAGCCUCAGAUUAGUCAGAAACCAUCAAGUCCGGUAAAUGUGGAUCCUAAGAUAAUCAGUGCGGUUAGUACCCCUAGUCCACUACCUUCACGACCUCAAGCACAAUCACCAAGCCCAGCAAAGGCACCACAAUAUGAAACACCACCAACGGUGACCAACCACGUAGCUCCAGUCAUGAAAGAGGAGAGCCCAGUGAGGAUUGUGGUCAAGAAUCAGAAUACAUCAAACCAGAGAACUCAGAGUCCAAUCAGGCAGACUUCACCACCGCAGUCGCCGCCGCAAAGAAAUGCGCAGCUGGGAAGCAUCUACAUCCCACCUGUGCAAGACCAGAUGGCGAAUCGGCAGCAUCUAUUGAAUCAACAAACACCACCAUGGAUGCAAUCACGCCAAGCGGCACAGAAGGAGAUGCCUGAAUGGGUAAAUCGAGAUGAAGCACAGAAACAGCAACAAAACCAGACGACGUCAAAUCCAAAGGAGAGGAUCAUCCCGAUUCAGCUAGAACAAACUCCAACUCCAACUAAAACUCCUAUGACACCUGGAUUUGGACCUCAACCCUUCUAUAAUGUGGCUCAGCAGCAGUACAACAGUGUGCAAUCGCCUCUGACGACUUACUCAUCACCAACCUACACAUCUCCCUACCACAGCCCCAAUCAGUUUGUCGAUCAAGGCUACAACAAUUAUAACAACUUCCAAAAUGCUGGCCAGAGAAUCAUCCCAAUUAGUGUGGAGGGACAGUCUCCAGAGAAUUAUUUCAAUGUUCGCGGCCCUGUGUCACAACAGCCGACUGUGAUCAGAAGUGGAAACUGUAGAUAUUUUAUACAUGACUGUCCCUUAGAGGCUGAAUUACGUUACAUUAAGCAUAGACUCAGUGAUCCGCGGUCACCACCAACUCAACAACCGUUGCCACCGUGGAUUCAACCGAAUCAGUCGAAAUCCUUCAGGAUCCUUCAAAAGAUGACAGACACCGUUGCUGAUGAACAAACAAACGAGGAAGACGCCGGACCUGCUGAACUGCAGCAACCACACUAUUCACGGCCUCUCGGACCGGCGGACAUGAAUGAAAAUCAACUGCGAAAGCUGCAACUCUCAGAAAAUGAUCGAGCCCUGAUGAAUCGCGUAAAGAAUCAAGUGGAUCAAGAAACAUAUCUUCAUAGCGAAGAAGAUCCUAGAUAUCGCGGUGCUGCAAUACCAUCAAAAGCAUUUAAAUUGCUUCAAAAUAUGACUGAUGGAGGGCAAGCUUAUGAUAAUCAGGUUCCCAUUCAACGAGCAAAUCCACGCUUUGCCCAACAAAGGGCCAUGUUUCAACCUAAUGACGGGGAAAAACAAGUCUAUAUCCAUCCAAGUGAACAACACGUACCAGAACCGAAAAUCUACACUGGAAGUGCCAUCCCAAGUCGAUCUUUCAAAAUGCUACAAGCAAUGACAACUCCUGAAAAUGCCGAUCAAUUUAGCAUUGAGCUUGUGUUGAAGAAAAAGAACAAUCUAAGAGAAUCCUAUAAUGAUUCGUUGUCAUUUUUUGUAGCCGAAGGCACAGUAGCCUCAGACAUUGAAGAUACCAAUUACUCUCCAUUGCCUCAUCCACCAAACUAUCCCUAUCCCUAUUACGACCCUCACUGGCAAUACUAUCCUCCACCACAGUCGCCAAUGACAGUUCCGCCAGACGGUGGGGCCUACUGGGGUGGGUUCUACGGAAUGCAAGGUUUCGGAUACUAUCCCUACUAUGGAUACCCACCUUUCUACACACCACCUUUUGUGCCAAUAUCUCAUCCUGACGACGAAAUGAAUUGGGCUCGCCGAACACCUUCACUGAGAAGGACUCCCAGCAUUGUGGUGACACCGACACCAGAGGAUGAUCAGAAUACGACAUGGGGAGAUGAGCUCAAGAAUAAUUUGAGUGGGAGUGAAAAGAUGUAUUCAGGAGAUGACAAAAAAAUGUCAAAACAUGAUUCAGACGAUUCAUCAUCUUCUUCAUCGUCAUUAGAUACAGAGAAAGAUCAUCAGAUGCAACCAGGGCCUCUUCAAGCAAUAAAAUCUGUAACAGAUAUCAAUUUUUAUGCACAAGAGUCCGGAUCUGAGGAUGAGGAAACAGAGGAAGCACCAGAAAGCGAUCACGAAGAAAUGCCUGAAAUGGUGAUUAAUGAUGAGAUUAUUCCUCAUCAACUAAGUGUAAUUUUUGAAGAGAGCGAAAGGAGUAAACGAAGACCAAGCAACGAUGAUACGGACGCCGGAUCGACGUUUAGUGACUCUGAUACCACCAUAGCGUGUGAGGAUGAAGAGGAGCCACCACAAGAUGAAGCGUUGGGGAAUUUGGUUACGGUAAGACUACCACUGAAACUCUCCUAUAGCCGUUCGUCUAAUGAUGAAGAAAUCACUACCGUUCAAGUGGGAAAUAGUGAAACGAGAAACUCUUCAGACGCCGAUAUCAGUGUCACAGUUAGUAUUCCCUCGAGAGCGAGUUCAACUGAUCGUGGUGAACUCAGCAAGACACUGUCAGUGGAGAGACGAAAUUCUGGAGGCUUUGAAUUUGAAGAAUCUGAUUUGGAUGUGUCUGUGAAUGUUUCUCUUCCAAUGAAAAGAGACAAAUUUUUCGUAGAGACACAACGUUCAGGAACAUGUAAUGAUAUCUCUGUUGAAAAAGAAAACGAAGAAACUGAGUAUGAGUAUGUUACGGAGAGUGAAGAUGAGAUUGUGAUAGAAAUGACUGGAGAGAAAGAUAAAUCGUCACUAGAGACAAUUGAAAGUGAAUCUGAAGAGUCUACGGAAUACGAGUACGAAGAAAUUACAGACACAGAAUGCGAGUCCUCGAAGAAAGCUUCUAAGGUUACAAAUGAGGAAAAGAAGGCAGAAUCAUCAGAUGAGGAAACUGAGUACGAAACGGAAUAUAUAUCAGAGAGUGAGGGUGAGAUUAUAAGAAAGGUAACUUACGUGAAGGAAGCAAUUAUUUACCAUGAUUUUGUGAAACCUCAAUGGUAUCCUCUAGAAAUAUGGACACCGGAAGGACCUCAAAUAGGAUGUCUCUCGUAUGCAAAAGAGAGUAGUCCUGAAAUUCCUUUUAUGCUUAAACAAGAAGACUCAGAGGAAGAUGAAUCAGAGGAAGAUGAAUCAGAAGAGGAAGAUGAAUCCGAAGAGGAAGAAGAACCAGAUGAAAAGGCAGAAGAGGAAGAAGAAUCGGAGAAAAAUAAUAUAAAAGAAACGAACCAACCUGUGGAAGAGGAGGAAAUCAAAGUAUCUGUUAAGGAUAGAAUAGCUGUAUUUGAAAAUGUGGUAAUAUCAGAAACCAAACCACUGCCAAAACGUGAUAUUAGACGCCUGGGUAAUUUGUCACAUCGUUCUUCUAUGGAAGAAUCCGCCGAUGAUGACGAUUCAGGUGUCACUUCCGACAUAAGUCGUCCAUUGUCCGACACAGAGUCGGAGAACUUCCCAGAACUCAGGAAGAUGAGUCGCUAUCAAAGAGCAGCGACGCAUUCUCGAUUGUUCAAGCUUCUUCAGGAUGAAUGUGCUGAAGAAGAGAAGCCAGAAGUUGCAGAAGAGAAACAAUCCACUUCAAAUGCAUAUAAACCAAAGAAGAUCGUCCACAAUGUCUCCAUCACACGUCGCAAUAAUCCGAAUGCGGUUAGUGAAGCGGAGACAAUGGAGGAGCGCCGAAAGAGGCUAUCACUGCCACUGGAGAAGAGUUCUAGUGAUCAAGAAAGUAUGUCGUCGUCAGUAUCUUCGACGUCUCCCACAUCUAGUGGGGUUAAUGAGAAGCUGGUGUGUGAAUUAGUGCAGAGUUUGCUAAUGCAGAAGCGUGGAAAGACGCUUCGUCAUAUGCCCAUUGAAAAAUUGCACGCUGCUGCCAAGAGGGUACUCCUCGAAGAUCUGGAUUUGGACAGUGUAAUAGGAUCCUCACAGGAAGACACAACUGUAGACUCUACGCCUGCUCUGACUCCGCAGGAGUUUACCUAUCCAGACUACUACGAGUCCUGGAGCGAUGCCGAUGAGCGCUACACCUACGACAUUGUCCCUUCGCGGGCAUUUCGCUGCCUCCAGGAACAAUCGUUGACGGGUCAACGAAAAUCCUGGGCUGCACGCUGUCCGCGAGUCCUAAGUUCCAAGACCGUCAAUCGGGACUUGUCGCGCGUGGCGGAGAUUCGCGAAUCCGAGUCCCCAGAGACCACACCAUCCAUCACCUCGCCACGUUCCACUCCAACUGCCUACUUCUCCAGUCCCACCCCCACGCCAGCGUGUGAUCUCAAGCCCGGACGCAGUCGCACCCCAAUGUCUGAGGACACCAGCGUCCACUAGGAGGCACAUUUAUUGAUCUUUACCAAAUUACCCACACUCAUAUGAUCUCUCACUCUCCCCACACCUCUUAGUCACAGAGGGCUGAUGGUGGUGAUCGAAAGUUCAUUUGUAGAUUCACAAAAUUGGGUCUUAUAAGCAUGAUGAAUCAAAAGGUCCGGGACAAUCUGAUUUGUAAAUGUAACUAUCUAACUGAGAAAGAAGCCAAUAACAAGAAUAUUAAUAAUCAU